UAACAUUUCAGAAGAAGAACUAGAGAGAUGAAUUCCUUCUUGAUAAUAUUUUUAAUGUGUAAGAUAUUAAAUUUUAUCCAAUUUUUUUUAUUCAAAUAAGUUUUUCCUUUUUUAAAGCUAUUACUCCAUUUUGUUUUUCAAAGUUGGAAGAAAGCCAAAUUGCAAAUUACCUGUUUAGCAAAUCUGACAUGUCUGAAAAGAGUGUAGACAAAAGCGAUUUAGUUGACUGCAUAGAUAAUAUUGAAUCGUUCUGCAUAAUUACAGGCAAGGAUGGCCCAGUAGUAGCAAGAGAUUCUGUAUGUAGUUCAGGUUGUCAAAGAACAUUAUCAGAACUUGAUGGAGAACAACAUAAUACUAAAUCAUGCACAUUUUAUAAAUUAUUUGUUAAUAAACUUAAAGAAUGUGGUAAAUAUUAUGGUACUCUAAGAGAGAAUUUGGAGGCUGGCAAAUGUAUAGAUGAUAAUGAAGGUAUUAAAGAUUUCAAUCCAGGAAAUGGAGGACACAAUAGAGAAUUUGAUCGAGAAACUAGUGGAGCAGCUAAACAAUCUCCUAAAAUCACAAUAUUUUUUACUUUAAUGGCAAUAAUUAAAUAUUUUUUAUGA